UGAACGUGCCCUGGACACAAUGAACUUUGACACUAUUAAAGGUCGACCAAUUAGAAUCAUGUGGUCUCAACGAGAUCCAUCUCUAAGAAAGUCGGGCUUGGGAAAUGUCUUUAUUAAGAACUUGGACAAAAGUAUUGAUAAUAAAGCAAUGUAUGAUACCUUUUCAGCCUUUGGUAACAUCCUGUCAUGCAAGGUAGCUACAGAUGAAGAGGGAAAUUCUAAAGGUUAUGGAUUUGUACAUUUUGAAACAGAAGAAGCUGCCAAUAAUGCCAUUCAGAAAGUUAAUGGCAUGCUACUAAAUGGAAAGAAAGUAUUUGUAGGCAAGUUUAUACCACACAAGGAACGAGAAAAACUUAUGGGUGAAAAAGCACGCAGAUUUACCAAUGUGUAUGUAAAGAAUUUUGGAGAUGAAUUUGAUGAUGAAAAGUUACAAGAUUUUUUUGAAAAGUAUGGGAAGAUCACAAGUGCAAAGGUAAUGCCAGAUAAUGAUGGGAAGUCUAAAGGUUUUGGAUUUGUAAGCUUUGAAGACCCAGAGAGUGCUGAGAGGGCAGUUGAUGAUAUGAAUAGUAAAGAAUUAAAUGGGAGAAUUCUCCAUGUUGGACGGGCUCAAAAAAGAGCUGAACGUCAAGCAGAACUGAAACGGAAGUUUGAGCAGCUUAAAAUAGAGCGUAUUACAAGAUAUCAGGGAGUAAACCUGUAUGUGAAGAACCUUGAUGAUGGAAUUGAUGAUACAAGAUUACGAAAUGAAUUUGCUCCAUAUGGAACCAUAACUAGUGCAAAGGUUAUGACAGACAGCAAUGGUCGCUCCAAAGGUUUUGGGUUUGUGUGCUUUAGCUCACCAGAGGAAGCAACAAAAGCUGUGACUGAGAUGAAUGGUCGUAUUGUUGUUUCCAAGCCACUUUAUGUGGCAUUGGCUCAAAGAAAAGAGGACCGCAAAGCUCACUUAGCCUCACAGUAUAUGCAAAGAAUGGCUGGCAUGCGCAUGCAGCUUGGCCAAAUGUUCCAACCUGGAGGAGCAGGUUACUUUGUACCAACUAUGCCACAGGCUCAGCGUGGCUACUUCCCCUCGCAAAUGCCCCAAAUGCGAGCUGCUACUCGUUGGCCUGGCCAGCCAGCCAUUCAUCAUGGUGGACAACCAAGUGCAGCAUUCCAAGGAGUUCACUCUGUCCCCUAUGCACGUCAGUCAAGACCUCAAGCUGGAGGACAACCAGGAUUGCGAGGUGGAAUAAGUGCUCGACCUAUUACAGGUCAGCAGGGAACAGCUGCUGGUCGAGUGGCAGGAAUGCAUCCCUCUGGUAUUCCUACAGCAGGCCCAACAUCUAUUCCAGGGGCUAAUGUGAACCACCCUCGUCCUGCUACUUUUAAGUACACAGCUAACAUUCGUAAUCCUCAUCAGCCAGUUCCCGUUGGUCAGCCAGCUGUCCAACAGGUGCCUCAACAAGCUGUACACAUUCAAGGACAGGAACCACUAACAUCUUCUAUGUUGACCGAGGCUAACCCACAAGAACAGAAACAGAUGUUGGGAGAACGCCUUUUCCCACUCAUUCACCGUACACACCCAGAUUUGGCUGGCAAGAUUACUGGAAUGCUGCUUGAGAUUGACAACUCUGAUUUGUUACACAUGUUGGAACACCAUGAAUCCCUGAAAGCCAAAGUUGAGGAAGCUGUUGCUGUUCUUCAGGCUCAUCAGGCCAAAGAAGCCCUGGCUGUAGCAACUGUAGUUGGAGUGAAGAAGGAAUAAACAAAACAGCAUUUAGUUUAUAGAAUUUUCUCCACUAACAGAACAGGGUAUUUUGUUUAUAAGACAUUACAGCUGUAUUUAACAAUAGUCAACAUUCUCGCAGUAGUUGUACUUAAUUAUACUUGUCAUAAGACUACGUUAGGCGUAUUAUGACAAGUAUAAUUAACUAUAAUCAUGCUUUACCAGCUUACAAAAGGCAUUUGCAUCAUAAUGUUUCUAUAACUGUUCAAACAGAGCAUCAGCAGUGAAUGACAACCAUAAUAUAAAAAAGAAAUUCAUAUUAAACAAUACAUGCUGAAUUGUCUUACAAACAUAAGAAUAUCACUGGCAGCUCUAGCAAUCUGCUUGUGAUGGGUGGGUGGUGUUGUGUGAUCAGAACUCAUCUGAUUUUUAUGGUGUUUCCUACAAACAUUAGUACUUUUUAUGGUUUAAAAAAUAAAGAAAAAAAGCAAGAAAAGAGAAAAUGCCCACGUGAACAUCAAAUUUAGAUGGUUUGAAAUACAGAAAUAUAUAUAUAUAUGUAUACAUAAUACAAAAAAAAUUAAAAAAA